UUAGGCGUAGUUCCAAAGAAAACCCCAGGGGAAUUUCGUAUUAUCCACCAUUUGUCAUACCCAGAUGGCUCGUCGGUGAAUGAUUUUAUUCCGGAUCAAUUUUCGUCGGUUCAAUAUGCUUCAAUAGGUGAUGCUAUUACACUCAUUAAGUCGUUAGGUAGGGGCUGCUACAUGGCCAAGACCGAUAUAAAAUCAGCUUUCCGCAUUAUUCCGAUUCACCCUGACGAUUACCAUUUACUGGGUAUGACAUGGAAUAAUUCGUACUUUUUUGACCGGUGUCUGCCCAUGGGCUGUUCUUCGUCUUGCGCUAUAUUUGAAGCUUUUAGCACUGCGCUCGAGUGGCUUGCUAAACAUUAUCUCUGUGUUUCCGGUGUUUUGCAUAUUUUGGAUGAUUUCUUGUUUAUUGCUACCUCUCAAGGCAAAUGUGCCUCCGAUUUAAACAACUUUUUGAGCCUAUGUGAUAGUUUAGGGGUACCUAUAGCACAUGAAAAAACGGAAGGUCCUUCAACCACUUUACAGUUUGCUGGGAUAACACUCGACACGAUUAAUAUGGAAGCACGUCUGCCGGACGAUAAGCUUCAAAAAUGCAAUGCUCAGUUAUUGGACAUGCACAGACGCCGUAAAACUACCCUGAAAGAA